AGAACUGUUACUAUGUUCACUACAAAAUUUACAUUAGUUUUUAAUUUUAUAAAGUUUCUUCCUUUUUCGAUUGUGCGAUAUAGUGUGUGGUGUUGAAUUAAAGUCUAAUUGACAACAAAUAUGGCUAAGUCAAAGAAUCACACAAAUCAUAAUCAAACCCGUAAAGCCCACCGUAAUGGUAUCAAAAAGCCAAAGCGCUAUAGACAUGAAUCUACCAUGGGUAUGGAUGCCAAGUUCUUAAAAAAUCAACGCUUUUCAAAGAAGCAUAAUCUGAAGCCUGCAGCACAAUUGAAGAGAGCAGCAGAGCGUAAAGCUAAAGCAGCAGAAAAAAAAUAAAUGUAUCGUCAUAAAUAAAUUUUGUUAAAUCGUA